CCUCCAAGUCGCGCUGAAAAAAAAAAGGUGGAAAGUGAGGGAGAGAAGAGGAGACAGGGGCCGUGUGGAUAAGACCGGCCGCACGUGACUUCACCAAUCCCCAGUUCGCCACCCCCCAGAGACACGUCGCUUUAACUAGCGCUCGGCACCCCCAGGCCCUCCCCUCGCACGUAACUAGUGUCCUUCCUCCGUCUUCCUCCUCUCGCUCUCAUCCACUCUCCACGCCCAGCGCCCCCCCUCGCCACGGCGGUGCGGAGCUUCGGCGGCUCGGCUCGAGCAGAAGAAAAUGCAACGGGCAGUGCAAGCCAUCAGGUCGCAUGGCAGUGUGCUUAAAUAUGCUGUUCAACAACACAUGAGCGCUCCCAAACCAGCAAUGCUUCCUGCUGCCUUUUCUCGCUUCAUGUCAGCUUCAUCUGCUCGCCUAGAGGAUAGUGGAUUUGAAACUGCCACUGUAGCAGAUAUCUUGAAGUCUAAAGGUAAGAGUGCUGAUGGAUCUUGGCUCUGGUGCACCACAGAGGACAGUGUCUAUGAUGCUGUCAAAUCGAUGACGCAACACAAUGUGGGAGCUUUGGUGGUGGUCAAACCUGGACAGGAAAAAUCACUUGCUGGCAUUGUCACAGAGAGAGAUUAUCUCCGGAAAAUCAUAGUGCAAGGACGAUCUUCCAAGUCAACUAAGGUUGGAGACAUCAUGACUGAAGAGAACAAGCUGAUCACCGUGAAGCCUGGAACCAAGGUCCUGCAAGCCAUGCAGCUGAUGACAGAGAACCGCAUCAGACACAUCCCGGUGAUCGAAGGCACAGGGAUGCUGGGGAUGGUCUCCAUCGGCGACGUCGUCCGUGCGGUGGUCAACGAGCACAGGGAGGAGCUGAACCGGCUCAACGCCUACAUCCAGGGAGGCUACUAGGACGACGCCCCUACCUCCCAGCGAAGUCCGCCUUUGAUAUCCAAUAACUCGGACCAGUGAUGAUGACGAAAUAGGCCGUGUGUUCGCGGACAAUGUUGUUGAAUUGCGCAAGGUGUUUUCCCCCGCGUUUACUAUAUGUGUAUAUUGCCAAAAGGCGGGCGUGACAGUGCGCCUGGUGCUGGGGCGCAGCCGCGCAGACUAUCUGACGGUGGAAACACCGGAAAUAAAAAGCGUGCCGCCGUGUGCUUGCUUCCUUCGCA